GAAACUGACUAGCCCUGACUUGAACAAUAUCAUUGUACUUGGAUCGUUUUUGUUGUAUGCUUGUGUUUUCUUUUACUCAUAUUCUGCUACCACUAAGUAUUUGCAAACUACAUUUUGUAAUAUUCGUAUUUGGUUGUUUUCUUUGGGAUAUAAUCUCUGUUUUGGUGUAAUACUAUCAAAAACAUGGCGUGUUUAUUAUAUCUUUAACAAUCCAAAACCUAAUAAAAAGGGAGUUAAAGAUUGGGUGCUUUUAGUGAUCAUAUUAAUUGUUGUGGCAAUUGAUCUUGCUAUUAUUCUGGUUGGUUUCAUCAUUCCAAUGUCAAGACUGAAGAGUUCAGAAGAAGAAGAUACCAUACAUCCACAAAAUAUAAAUGAUGAGGGUAAGCUACAGGAUCACUAUAUUCUCAUAUGUAACCAGUCUGCAACAGUUAUUUGGCUAGCACUUUCAUUUGGUUACAAGGGACUGCUUCAAGUCUCAGCAAUUUUCAUGGCAUUCCAUACCCGCCGAGUCAAAGUCAAAAUCCUUAAUGAAUCAAAAGAAAUAGCUGCAAUCAUUUACAUCAAUAGUAUUGUAUUAGUACUAUUGGCAGCAUCUGAAUUUACUCUUGCCACACAUCAUAAUGCUUAUGCUGCAUUGUUUGGAUUAGGAUUACUUACUGAGGCAACAUUGUUUCUUGGACUAAUAUUCAUUCCAAAGAUGGUUCGUUUAUAUCUUGAUCCUGAAGGAGAAAAAAUAUUUACUCGAUCAGAUGCUCCUGUGACAAGUACUCUUCAAACAAUAGCAUCAACCAUUGACAAAAAAUAAACCCAUUUUGUAACAGGAGAACAGUAAUUUUUACUAAUAAAAACGUUGUCCUAAAAUUGUUUUCAUAUUUGUACAGAUAAUAUUUUUUAGCAGAUUGUAGUCAACUACGCCCA